UCUAACGGUAUUACCCCUAUAAAUAUGGAAGUGCCUUUGAUACCUCCGGCGUGCGAACAAUGGAUGCCUCAGACGUGCUUUCGAUCAACCGCCAGGUAACCCAAAGCCCGAAGGGGAAGGAGAAGAUGGGAGAUUCGGCGACGGAAGAAGGCGCGGUGUGCGGGAUUUGCUUCUCGGACGGCGGUCUGACAUUACGCGGCCGGAUCGAUAGCUGUGACCACUAUUUCUGCUUCGUAUGCAUCAUGGAGUGGGCCAAGGUCGAAUCCCGCUGUCCCCUGUGCAAGCAGCGGUUUCAUUUCAUACACCGUCCGGAGGUUUCCGGCCUCCUCUUGUCCCAGAGCGUUUUGGAAAUCCCAUCCCGUGACCAGGUUUAUCAUCCUUUAGGUAAUGAAAGUAGUGCACUUUCUGAUCCAUAUGCUCAAGCUAAUUGCAAAGUGUGUCAUGGCUCUAAUGAUGAUGAACUACUACUGCUGUGCGACCUAUGUGAUUCAGCCUUUCAUACUUAUUGCGCCGAUCUUGGUUAUACUGUCCCUGAAGGUGAUUGGUAUUGUCAUGACUGCACCAUUCUGAGGGAAGAACAUGCAAAAAUUGAUGGGGAUGCUGAUGAUAGGGACCAAGAUCAGAGCACCCGCUUACUGGAUCAACAGCAAACUGUUUCCAUUUUUGAUAUUGUGGUUGAUGAGAGCUCUAAUUUGGAGCAGCAAUGUUUUCAUAAUAGAACAGAAACCAGAAGUAGUACUAACAUGCAAAGGAAUUCUCAAGAUAUCAUGCUUCAUAUAGAUGAACCGGAUUCUUCUUACUCUCCUUCUCAGGGAACCGACCUGAAUCUUCAACUAAGAGGUGUUGGGCGAAGAGCGAGGACCUAUCAACCAUCAUGCAAUUUGCAAAGGCGUGUGCAGGAUCUUCGCAACAAUUGGACUGCUCUGCAAUCUGGAUCUUUGGCUUUCUCAUCCACCUUAGAUAGUAAUGGAGACGCAGUGUCAGGUGCAGAAUCAAGUACCAGCAGGCCAAAUCCAGCUCCGUCACAGCGGUCAGAAUCCUCAAAUUUGAUCAAUAAUGAGCAAUCGACAGAUUCCAGUAGUUCUAGAAAAAUGCCUUUAGUUAACGACUUGCAAGACAUUAAUAAAGCAUGGAAGAUGAUGCAAAUUGCAAAAAAACAGAAAUUGCUUAUGGCUGACUCUUCUUUGAAUUCACAUAGAUUCAAUAAAUCCUUGAAGUCUGUUAAUUCUAUUUCAGCGUCAAAAGGAGCUGUAAGCCAUCCUUUAAAUCUCUUGAUCCCCAAGAAUAAGAUGGCCGCUGAUGAAGUGGUAGGUUGUAGUUCAUCAGGAACCUACAAACAGGUUAGGAAUAAUGUCAUGCAUGAAAGGCAUAAAUUCACUGGUUUUAGUCAGAAAUUUUCAGAUACAGACUUUCCAAUUAAGUCGCGAUAUGAUAGCAAAUCAGCUAUAAAAUCUUAUAAUGAGAUGCAAUUAGAUUCUAUCAAGACAAAUAGGGCUUUGACAACAGAUUUUGCUGGCAUUAUCAAGGAGGCUUCACCAGUAUGGCCAUCCUCUAAAUUUCAUGAAACUUACUGCUCUUCGCUUUCUAGUGCUACAUGUGAAGCAGCCAGGAAAUCCUUAGGGCCUAGUUGCAAUAAAGAGUCGCCUCAAGAUGGUAAUGAAGUGGCAACAGGACAUAACAACAGAUGUUCAUCAAAAGGGCAUGAAAUAUCAAACAACAAAGCAAAAUUUGAGAUCCAGUCAAUUGUCAAGCUCUACCUAAAGCAGCUAAGUAAAGGUGAAUGUUUGGGUACUGAGAAAUUCAAGGAAAUUGCUAGAUCUUCCACCCAUUCCAUCUUAGCUGCAUGCGGCUUCGAACAUUCAAAAUCCUGCGCUCGCCCAUUCUCUAAUCAAGUUUGCAGACAUACCAGUCAGAUCCAGCAGCUCCAUGGAUCGACUCUCUUGCCUGGUUCAUGCAGAGAAUGCUUCCAUUCAUUUGUAAAAUAUGUUGUGAAGUUCAUUCUGUUAGAAAAAUGAACUUGAAGCUGCAGAUGAGCAGCCAAUUAUAUUCACAUCAGGAUUCAGCAAUAUUUUUUUGAUGCCCGAUUAGAUUAUUAAAAAUUGUGUUGAGCUGCGCAUGGGAAUUUAUCUGAUCUGAUUAAAGCUCCUCUUGAUAUGAAUAAACUUGCUUUCUAAGCAAGAAAGAAUAUCAUCUCCAUUUCUUCUCCAGUUCAGCCCUUAUUGCUGGGUUCCUACGGCUACAUGUAGCAGUAAUUGUUAUUGCAGGGGAAUCUUCUGCCUCUAGUGUGAAUACUUAGAUUAGUUAAGGGGACUCACAUUUUGUAUUCGUUAAAAUGUAUAUAAACUCUUGGUUUAGAACGCUCCAUGUAAAUACUCAAUAGUAGGGGAUUAUUUUGGAACUUUGCUUGCUUUUAUAGACAUAUAUAUAAAAAGA